AUGGCAGACCGAGGCUCGAAUUCCACCCUUGAUGCGGCGGCUACUGGAGAGGCUGGGACCCUGGACUCCUUGGAUCGACGCGCCCCCGCGCCUGCAACAAGGGAUCCGGUGCCGACCCCCGCCCCGGUGCUCGGGGAGUUUGGUUCUGAUUCUGCCCCUCGUGUGGUGGAGAUGAUGGAGCGCCUCCGUCUGACGGCGAUUGAGGCGCAACCGGUCUUGGUGGAUGAUGAAGAUGAGGUGGAUCAGGUGGAUCCGGGUCGUGCGCUGGUGGGGAAGGUGCUCUCCCCCAACGUCCUCCACAUCAACACCAUCCCAUCGGCAAUGAGGCCGGCGUGGGGAAAUCCCCAAGGCUUGCUGUUCCAUCCAGCAGGAGAUAACCUGUUUGUGGCGGAGUUCGCCACCCCUGCAGACCGUGCUCGUGUUCUGGAAGGCUCGCCAUGGAUGGUGGGUCGCCAUGCUGUCCUUUUCAAGGAUUUUGAUGCUGAAAUUCAACCGACUCAGAUGAUCUUUGAUCGACUGACCAUAUGGGCACGAAUUAUGGCCCUGCCUCCAAGACUGAUGAAAUCCAAGCUUGGUAUGGAAUUUGCAAAGUCGAUUGGCAAGAUUGUGCGUGUGGAGUCGGAUGCCGAUGGUCGCUGUUGGGGCCCCUACAUGAGGGUUCGGGCCGAGGUUUUGGUUCAGGAACCAGUGGUAAGGUAUGUUACUGUAACAUCUGCCAAAACGAAGAGCACCGAAACAUAUUCAGUCAUGUACGAGCGACUACCUUUCUUCUGCUUUUCAUGUGGCCUGUUAGGUCACUCGUCGAUGUUGUGCCCAACUCCGGGCGUCCGUGAUGAAAAUGGAGAGCUCCCCUAUGCUGCCAUGAAAGUGUGUGUUCCUGAUGAUCAACCAAAGCGGUCGGGGGGCUCAAAGUCCAGUUUUGCUUCUUCCUCGUCCGGCUUUUUUCAGAGAACCUCGGGACAGAAGACCUUUACUGCUGGUACUAGAAUUUCUAAUCCUAGCAGUCAAGCCAAUAAUGUUGCCAAGAAUGAUGUGGUCGAUGAGACAGAGGUUUCCUCCCCAGCUAAGGGUGGUCCUGGCCGUGGUAGCUCAUCCCGUGGAAGGGGGCGUGCCAGUUCUGCCCGUGGUCGUGGCCGAGGGAAGAUUGGGGGCUCGGGCAAGGAAUUGUUCCCGGUCUCUAAGUCAAAGAAAGGUAUGUCCGGACAGAAACGCAAAACUGCUAAAGACACACCUGGUCAGCUCUCUGAAGGUACUACUUGCUCUGAAAUCAAUCAGCUUGCUAUUGUUCUAUCUGGCAAUUCUGUUGGAGCUGCUCCUCCACUUGAAAUGAUUGGAGAUAUUGAGUCAGAUAAGAAACAAAGGACUUCUCCUACCCGAUCGGCGGAUCCGGCGGUGGCUGCGGAGCAGCACCGCCAGAUGCAAUGAGUCUGUUAUGCUGGAACUGUCGAGGCUUGGGGUCGGACUCGACGGUUGGCGAGCUUCGCUGGUUAGUGAAGCUUCACCGCCCCACCCUCCUCUUUCUCUCUGAGACAAAGAUGAGGGAUUCACGUGUCAGAAACUUUAUGUGGUCUCUAGGUUUUACCGGGUGUUUGGCCGUUAAUUCCGACGGCCUGAGUGGUGGUUUGGCUCUGUUUUGGACGGCGUCUGUUAAUGUUUCUCUCAAGGGGAGCAAUGCUUGAUGUAUUGAUGUUCUUGUUACUUCGGAGGCGGGCUCAACUUGGCGUGCUACCUUUGUGUACGGCGAACCGAGGAGAGAGGAUAGGCCACAAUUCUGGGAGUUGCUGAAACGUUUGAAAGCUCAAUGGCAAGGUCCUUGGAUUGUAUGUGGGGAUUUCAAUGAGGUUCUAUCCUAGGACGAGCAUUGUGGUCCCCGGGACAGAUCUGAAGCUCAGAUUUCAGCCUUUCGAGAUUGUCUCAUGGACUGUGAGUUGAUGGAUUUGGGUUUCUCCGGGCCUAAGUUUACGUGGUGUAAUCGCCAAGACCCGGAGUGCCAUGUGAAAGUCCGGCUUGAUAGAGCAGUGGCCAAUUCAGAUUUUGUAAGGUUGCAUGAUGUUUGCGCUGUUGAACAUGUGAUCACCACCUCGUCUGAUCAUUAUGCUAUCUUGAUCGAGCUUGCCGGGCAGCCCACCCAGAGGACACAACGGCCAGUGCAGCAAGGUUUUAAGUUCGAGGCUAUGUGGUUGCGGGCAGCCGACUAUAGAGAGCAGCUGGAACGUGCUUGGACUGAGGGGCGGAGUGGUGAUUCUUCUCUGCAGGCGACAUGGGACAAUCUUCAUCAUGUCGCUGGGGCCCUUAAGUCCUGGAGUCGUGACACUUUUGGUUCUAUCCGGCGUCAGAUCAAUAGACUGGAGCGACGACUUAAGUCCAUCCGGUCUAUGCCAGUCACGAACUCAUCUUUGGCUGAGGAAAGAUCUAUUAAGACUCAAUUAUGUGAGUUAUUUGAAAGAGAAGAAAUCAUGGCUCGUCAACGUUCGAGGGUGGACUGGUUGCGUGAGGGGGAUCGCAACACUGAGUUCUUCCAUGCUCGAGCUGCUGCCCGCAAGAGGACCAACAGAAUCCAGCGUCUGGUCCGUGAUGAUGGGUCCUUUUGUGAUACUCAACGAGAGAUUAAAGGUUUGGUGCAACAAUUCUAUGAGAAACUUUUCACAUCCGAACCUUGUGAUGCAGCUGAUGCAGUCCUGGAUGCUAUCCCUCAAAAGAUUUCUUCUGAGAUGAAUGAGGAUUUGAGUAAGCCCUACACUAACAAGGAAAUCAAGGCUGCUCUAUUCCAGAUGGGUCCUACUAAAGCUCCUGGACCUGAUGGUUUUCCAACCCUCUUCUAUCAGAAUCAUUGGGACUUCUUGGGAGAGGAGAUUUGUCGAGCCGUGAGAUGCUUUCUGGAUGGAAGCUCAAUUCCGGAGGGUUUUUGUGACUCAGCGAUCGUCCUUAUUCCUAAAGUGACACGACCCAUCUCUCUCAAAAAAAAGUGACACGACCCAAGCACCUGAAGAAUUUCCGUCCAAUUAGUCUAUGUAAUGUUCUUUACAAGAUUGCCUCGAAGGUCUUGGCCAAUCGUUUGAAGUUAUUGCUCCCUGUUGUCAUCUCUGAGUUUCAAAGUGCCUUCGUGCCUGGAAGAUUGAUCACUGACAACUCUCUUAUUGCUUUUGAAUCUCUUCACACCAUCAGACAUCAGCGAGCUAAACAACCCUUCUUUGCCUUGAAGAUUGACAUGACAAAAGCCUAUGACCGUGUUGAGUGGAGUUUUCUUCAUGGUUGCCUCUCCAGACUUGGUUUUAACCGUGCAUGGAUCAACUCAGUGAUGAGGUGUGUAACCAAUGUCCGCUAUGCUGUAAGGGUUAACGGUGAGCUUACUGCACCUAUUGCUCCAUCGAGAGGAAUUCGUCAGGGUGAUCCUAUCAGCCCCUAUUUGUUUCUGCUCUGCACUGAAGGACUGUCAAGUCUGUUACUCCAAAAGGAGAGUUGUGGCGAGCUACAUGGCAUUAGGAACGGUCGUUCCGGUCCUCCUAUCUCACAUCUCCUGUUUGCCGAUGACAGUAUCUUCUUUGCUAGAUCUGAUGCUCGUAGCGUGGCUGCUCUGAAGACCACUCUGGAACUAUAUUGCUCUGGUUCUGGUCAGUUAAUUAACAAGGACAAGUCCUCUUUACUCUUUGGUCGUGGUUGUUCGGAGACUGUUAAGCAAACAGUAAAGGCGAGUCUUGGGAUAUCUAACGAAGCCUUCAAUGACACUUACCUUGGUAUGCCUACCGAGGUUGGUAAAUCCCCUACUAGUAUCUUCAAGUUCUUGCCAGAUAGGGCUUGGCGAUGUGUUCAUGGAUGGUCCGAUCGACCGGUCUCGCGAGCAGGGAAAGAAACACUACUGAAAUCUAUCAUUCAGGCGAUCCCUACUUUCAUCAUGAGCUGCUUUGAACUUCCUAUGGCUAUCUGCAGAAGGUUCAGACAAAUUAUUGCCGAUGAGUGGUGGGGCAGAGAGGAUGGGAAAAGGAAGAUACACCGGAGAUCAUGGGAUUGGUUCACAACGCCCAAGUCUUUUGGCGGGAUGGGUUUUCGGGAUUUGCACAUCUUCAAUUUGGCAAUGCUAGGCAAACAAGGGUGGCGACUACUUACUGUUCCGGACUCCUUGUGUGCUCGUGUCUUAAAAGGCCGAUAUUUCCCUCACACGGAUUUCUGGAAUGCACCGGCUCCGCGUUCAGCUUCUGCCACUUGGCGCAGCAUUCUUGCUGGCCGUGACCUGCUCAAGAUGGGAGUUCAAUGGGGAAUUGGGGACGGCUGCCAGGUUCACAUUACUUCUGACCACUGGAUCCCUUCAUCUCCGCCUUGUGUUCUCCAGCCGCUCUCUCCUAUUCCUGCCAAUGCUAAAGUUAAGUGCCUUAUGUAUGAGGAAAGCAGGUCCUGGAAUGAAGCAACGCUGCGUGCCUUCUUUCGGAAUGACGUCGCAUGCGAGAUUCUUCAGAUCCCUAUCUAAAAGCAUGGAAAAGGAUUGGAGACUGCUAUGGUCUAUCAAAGCACCGGGCAAGAUGAAAGUUGUCUUAUGGCGCUUUGCGCACAAUUGUUUACCAUCUGGGGAACAACUUAAACGCCGCCAGGUACCCAAUUCUAAACACUGCUGCUUUUGUGCUCGGUCUGAAUAUGUUGAGCAUGCUCUGCUGUUUUGCCCACAUGCCAGGGACGUGUGGGAUAUCAUCAAAGAGGAAUAUAAUUUCAGCUUGCACCGUGGCACUUUUCUGUCUCCAAGGCAAUGGAUUUUUGACUUCUUGGCAAGGUCGUCUGAUCAGGUGCGUACUGUCCUAGUUGUGACCCUCUGGCAUAUUUGGGAGGCUCGAAACUUUGCGAGAAACAGUCCGAAGGCUCCCCAUCCACGACGUACUGCUGAGAAGAUCAAGGCUUAUGUCGCCCUUAUCCCGCAGCAUCUUUUCCUUCCAGUAUCUGAACAUAGGCGUGAAACCAAUGCUUCCAGCUCCGACUGGUCUCCGCCGCCGUCAGGUACCAUCAUGUUCUACUCAGACGCUGCAACUUUCUCGAGCCUGGAUAAGUCUGGCAUUGGGGUCGUCGGCAGGGAUGACAGAGGUCAAUUCGUGGUGGCCUGUAGCGAGCCGAUUGAGGGUAGCUUGGAACCUGAAAUGGCUGAGGCCAUGGCUCUUCGACGUGCUGUUCUUUUGGCGCAUGAUGUACAGGUUUCAGAUGUUAUCUUUGCCUCUGACUUUCUCUCACUUGUGCAAAGAAUCAACUCGCCUAUGAGUGACCGUUCUUCAGUUGGAGUGGUGGUGGCUGAUAUCAAGUCUAUGUCUGAAAGUUUCUCUUCAGUGUCCUUCAAGCAUGUUCGUCGGAAUUUGAAUGUUCCUGCUCAUGUGCUAGCUAAAUCAUGUAUGAACUAUUCUAGUCUUUGUGUGUUCCAUUCUGUUCCGGAUUGUAUCCGGCAAACUCUGUGUAAUGUUGUUCAUUAAUCUAUAAAGCCGACUUUCUCUCUCAAAAAAAAAACAAGAUGCAAGAUGGCAUAUAAUGUAUUUUUACAUUGAAUCAUGGAUGGUGCAUUGGUGACAUUUUCUUUAGAGUAUGAUGAUCAUCUUUGUUUUA